AUGAGGCCUGGACAAGAGCAACGAGAUCUUUGCUGGGGAGAUUUGGAGCUGAAAACUAAUGCUGACGGGCUUCGUUACGCGAAGUUUUCCACAGAGCGCCAAACAAAAACGAGAACUGGUGAAAACACAAAAAAUGUCAGAGGAAGCAAGCCAAAGAUGUUAAAAAACCUUGACAAUAAUGAUCGCUGUCCUGCCACAGCCUAUUUGGCCUAUAAGCAACAUAGACCACCAGAAAUGAUGGCAGACGACUCUCCGUUUUAUCUUGCUGUCAAUACAGAAGUUCCGAAGGCAGGGAAGAAAUGGUUCAAGGCAGCUCCACUGGGAGUAAAUUCACUUAGAUCUAUAGUGAAAAACAUGUUAGCGGCGUCCCAAGUUCAUUCAGACAAGAAAUUGGUCAACCACAGCACCAGAAAGCAUCUAGUCCAGAAACUUGUGGAUAAUAAUAUUCCACGGAACGAAAUUGUGGAAUUAACUGGACACAAAAACGUCAAUUCACUGAAUAACUACUCCGCUAUAUCUGACAAAAGACAGUAG